CCAAAACAAACAGCAGAGAAUCACUCGCCGAGCGAGUUUAGCUGAGAGAGGUUGUGUUGCUCAGUGCUCGUCCACACACUUACCUAUCAAGAUGCCUAGCAAAGAAGAUCUGUGUUUCCUCUCUGAGGGAAAGACCACCACCACACAAGACUUCUUAUCCAGAGACAUUGAUGACUUAGUGCUAGAAAUCAAAGAAAACUUGAGAUUAAAGUCUCGGCCGGCGCAUUUAAGUGGUGGUAAGGCCAAGACCAGAGCGUCGCCCUACAGUGUGCCAUCCCGGACUGAGAGUAAAUGUGGGUGUUGUGAGGGCCGCCGGUGCAUACGGCGGGGCCUGGCGGCGCGGCGGAGCUCCGACGACCCGUACGAGGCGCUGCAGGAGUUGCUCAAGGACGGGGACCUGAUCAAGGAGGCGGUGCGGCGUCUGCAGCUGGGCCUGUCGCCUAAACAGCGGGUCUACUAUGACUCCGACGACGAGCUCAGAACGCCGCCUUAUCCCUUCGAUCAUAUAGAAGUUUGAUCGAGCUUAGUGAAUAGUCGUCUCCCAUCGCCGUCGCCGCCGCCGACACAAGGACGGACAGCGGCCAACCACCGCAGCCCACCGCUCACGGCGCUGCCACCUUGGUCGAUGAGAACUCUGCCGUCGUCGCCGCCGCCGCCGCAUCCUCCAAGCAACAUGGGACACCAGCCUGCCUGCAGUGCUGCCAGUGACCAAGCUCAACCACCGGAAUCCUUCAUCCACUCAGCCACCACUCCGUGCUGGGCCCCGCCUCCUCAGGGCAUGCCAUCACGGAGCCAUCACCACAGCACCAUCACCACCACCUGUUGGCCCACGACGCUGCAGGCUGCCGCCACCACCACCACUGCACCGCGGGUCACGCUGGGUCUGCUUGGGUCGCCACGCGAGUGAGAGCCGGGUGAAAUCAGCUGGCAGGCCCUUGGUGCGGUGCCACAGCGGUGCAUAGCUGGAUGACAGACCUACCCAGAGUCGUGCCGGCCUGGUGCAUGUGGUUGGCCUGUAGUACAAGUGUGGCAGGUGCGCAGGAGCCGCCCACCAGCAUCAAGCACCUGCCAAACCACCACCUUCCCGUCCAGCACAGAGAAGAAAGACGAGUUGUUUUGAGGGUCCACACAGGGAACGUUCGAGGGACCAUCAUAAAUCUCCUGCUGCUGCCGCUCGCCCCGUGCCUCCAUCUCAUGCGUGAUGCCGCGGCGAGCUCAGGGCGGCCGUGAUGCUUCAAGAUGGUGCCCACGUUACUCACACUCACGGGAGAAGAAGCGGACCAAGCAUUGAAACUUGAGACAUCCACGUACCGUUCCUGCUUCACUGAUGGACGUGCGAACGUGAACAUUUAGACAAAUAGUUGGAGGAGAAUGAAGAAAAAGCAUUUUCCACCAAGUCAUUACUAGUGUUGAUGAUGGAAUCGUUGGUUGUUUAUCACUGUCAGUCAUUAGUGCCCAAGCAACACACACAUACACACACACACACACAUACACACCGCCAGGCAGCUUGUCAAGGAGUGAGUUACGGUCAGGCGCGGCGGCCAGUAGAGUUUUUGUGGGGGUAUUCCUUUUGACAUGUGAAGUUUUUUUGAUCUCAGUGUAUGCUUGUGUCCAUAGACUGAUCUGAUAGACUCCCUGACUCAUAGACUGAAAUUCACUCCAGAAAACUGAGUUUAAAAAGUGUGAUCAGACUUUUAUUUUGACAUUUUGUUGGUCAGUAAAUUGACAUUCAGUUUGUAAAUUGUUAUAAGUAUGGAAAGUAAUUUAUUUGACUAGUACUUCUAAAGUUUUUUUUUUUCCAAUGACUAUGAGACAUGCCUAGCAAUCUCACUACGAGUCCUCAAGUUCCAGUGUUAGUACAAAUAAUAAUAUCCCCAAGUUGACUCCAGAGCUCAGGUUUUGUGUUGCUGGCCACUUAGGUUUAUUUCUGAAGCAGGUGUUGAGGGAUUGUUCACAAGUACAGACAAAACCCCAAGGUGAAACGGAAUACCUUUACCAAAGAGUUUAGCCACCUUUUGCGUGAGGCUAACAUCUGUUCAUUAUCAUUAAUUAUUAUCUUGUUUCUAUUUAUAUCAAUUUUCUUACAUUUUAACUUAAGCAAUGUCUAUCAUGAAAGAUCCUAUCUGUGGUGGGGUGAUUGUGGGCUGCCUGGUGGGCUGGUUGGUGGUGGAGGUGGAAGCUGGUUACCAUGGCACCCUUGUUAACCUGGCAACACGACCAAUCAGGAAUCAAUAGUCCUUGGCCAGCCACCUCCUGCCUCUCCUCGGCCAGCCCGCCAUGCACCACCCACCCAUACAUACAUAGCCUCUUCCAUAGUAGUUGGCAUUGCUCUCCCUCCACAUCUAAUGACAGCUUUGUAUGUAUAAAAUAAUAAAAAAGAAAAUGAGCUCAAACUGUAGGACUUCUUCAGCUCUUUGUAGCAAGAACCAAUCUUUUUAUGAUUUAUAGGACAAUUUUUUUUCCCUGAUGAUGGAAAUGAGGGAACUUUUUUCAUUGUGUGAGAAGUGUGACGUGAGGAUUUUUCUGUUAGCGUGAGUGCUCUUCCUCAGUGUUCUAGGUAUACAUGUGUAGUGACUUCAUAUUCUUUUAUCCUGAAUUAAAUGUGAUAUGUAUUUAUUAAGUCAUCUUUUUGGACUAUGUUGACCUCUGUACAUAGGCACUGUUGAAAGGCUUAGGUCAUUGUAAAUACAUCACAUCUAGAUCAUUGUCUACAAGUGCAUGUUUUAGUGCAUUUACAUAGUUUCUGUAACGGAGAAGACACUGAUGUGUUUUUGUAAUAAAAAAAAUGAGAGAAAA